AUGGCUUUAACUGCUAAGGAAAAGAUGAAGAGGACUUUGACAGUGGGCUCCAAGAAUGGGUACAUGAUUUAUGACUUGGAUCAAGUGUAUGAAUGCUCACCCACCUAUGAAAGUAGAAAUAUUGGGGAUAUUUGUAUAAUAGAAAGAAAUUAUACUUCAAGUUUAGUUGCUUAUGUGAGCUUGCAUUCUCCUAGGAGUUUGGUUUUUUACAAUUAUGCGAAAGGAGCUGAAAUAGCCGAAAAACUUUUUCCAAAUACAGUUUUAUCUGUGAAGUUAAAUAGAGAAUUCAUUGCUGUUUGCUUAGAAGACAGUAUAUAUAUAAUUAGCCUUAAGAAUAUAAAUGAUGGCAGUAUGCAUGCAAUUACAAAUAUACCAACAAAUGUUAAAGGUCUGUGUUCAAUGACAUCUAAAGAUUCUCCUACCCUGAUAGCUUAUCCAUGUAGCUGUACAAAUGGACAUGUGCAAAUUUUUGAUGCAACAAAAAAGAAACCUAACACAACAAUACCUGCUCAUGCAAGUCCCCUGGCAGCGCUUACAUUUGAUGAUAGUGGACAAAAACUUGCUACAGCUUCAGUUAAGGGAACUGUGAUACGCAUCUUUUCUUUAGAAACUGAUAGGAUUUUGUUUGAAUUUCGACGUGGAGUAAAGAGGUAUGCUGAAAUAUAUUGCCUAUCUUUCGACAUAAAUUCACAGUUUUUAUGUGCAUCUAGUAAUACUGAAACAGUGCACAUUUUCAAAUUAAGUGCCGAAGAAACAGUUGAGCCCUAUGAUGAAGAAAGUGAAAGUUGGAUGGAUAAAAUUGGUAAAGUAUUGACCGUGUCUGCUCAGUACUUACCUGCUCAAAUGUCUGAUGUUUUUACUCAGCAGAGGUCUUUUGCAUAUGUCCAUCUUCCUUUUUGUGGCCAGAAAACAGUCUGUGCUAUAUCUGUAAUAAAAAAUCAACCUUAUGUUAUGGUUGCUUCUCUGGAAGGUAUUUUGUACAUAUAUGAAUUAAAUACUGAAGUUGGUGGUGCUUGUCAAUUAGUAAAGCAACAUAGAAUAGAAGGACCUUUGCAACCAUACAUGGUACCAUGUUCCUGUUUUAGUUCAAAAAGUGACGCAGAAAUAAAAGAAAUGGAAGGCAAAGGGAGAAAAGAAUCUGUAUCACAACCUAUUCAUUUUGAUGAAAUGCUUCCUGAUAAACCAGUAUCAGUGACUGCUACUAAUGAGCUUCCACCAAUUUUGAAUACUGUUGAAUGAUCAAAGAUGAUAUUCUGCACUAGGAGAACAAUUUUCACAUUCACUCUAUUUCAUUUGAACUUUCUGAACUUCGGCUAGAGUUGCAAUAGAAACAAGUUGUAUAUAAAGGAAAUUAAAUGUUAUUUCUGCCAAACUAUUUGUUAUUACAGAUUUUAAAAAUGUACAUAGCAACAUUAUAUGGGGGUGGAAAAGUCACAUUAGAGUGCUGUAGCAUUUUUGUAAAAAUUCCAGUGUUUUGUAUUUUCAUUUGCUUGUUAUGUAAAUUUUGUGAUAUUUUGUGAUAAUAUAUCUCUUCAUAUAUUUUAUGCAAUGUAUACUUAAUU